AUGGAGUCGCCCGUCAUCGACCUCGAGGAGCCGCAGCAGGGCGGCGCGCUGCAGACGGCCAAGGAUCUCUUCUCGGGCGCCGUCGGCGGCGUCGCGCAGGUCCUGAUCGGCCAGCCCUUUGACAUCGUCAAGGUCCGCCUCCAGACGACGAACCAGUACUCGGGCGCCCUGCAGGCCGCCUCCUCCAUCUACCGCAACGAGGGCGCCCUCGCCUUCUACAAGGGCACUCUCACGCCGCUCAUCGGCAUCGGCGCCUGCGUCUCCAUCCAGUUCGGCGCCUUCCACUCCGCGCGGCGCUGGUUCGAAGAGCGCAACACCGCCUCCGGUUCCAAGCGCCCCGACCUCAGCUACGGGCAGUACUUCGCGGCGGGCGCCUUCGCCGGCGUCUCCAACGCCGUCCUCUCCACCCCGAUCGAGCACAUCCGCAUCCGCCUGCAGAGCCAGCCCCACGGCGCGGGCCGCCUCUACGCCGGGCCCCUCGACUGCGUGCGCAAGCUCAGCGCCCACCAGGGCGUGCUCGGCGGCCUGUACCGCGGCUCCGCCGUCACCGUCUACCGCGAGGCCGCCGCCUACGGCGCCUGGUUCACCGCCUUCGAGUACCUCAUGAACGCCGACGCCGCGCGCAACCGCGUCGACCGCAAGGACAUCCCCGGCUGGAAGAUUGCCCUCUACGGCGGCCUCGCCGGCGAGGCCCUCUGGCUCUCCAGCUACCCCUUCGACGUCAUCAAGAGCAAGAUGCAGACGGACGGCUUCGGCGCCCAGCAGAAGUACCCGACUAUGCGCAGCUGCUUCGCCGCCACGUGGCGCGCCGACGGCAUGCGCGGCUUCUGGAAGGGCAUCUGGCCGACGCUCUUCAGGGCCAUGCCCGUCAGCGCGGGCACCUUUGCCGUCGUCGAGAUGACCAUGCGCGCAAUCAACUAG